AUGUUUAACACAAAGAUUGGAAAAAUUACAACAUGGUUUUUGCUGUUUAUUCAGAUACAAGUUUUAGGAUUAUCAGAUCCCGGUCGCCAGUUCAUUCGAUCCGAUAAGAGGACAAAAACUGCCUUCCUAGUGCUCCGCACUACCCCUUGGCAUUUCCUUAGAGACCAAACAAGCCCAAGAACUAAUACUUUAUUUGAUGAUGCUGAUGAUAUUCAAAGACAACUUGAUAAUGAAGCCAGGGAUCGAAUCAAAUGUGGAAAGCCACAAAUUCAUUGGCCCGAUAUCAGUGAAAUACCAAGCUUUGACCUUACCUUGAAGACAGAGAAUACUGUACAACCAUUUUUGUGGGGUCGAAUGUUGAAGCUGUUCCCAGAUGAAGUUGGUAAUCGCGUUGUAGAGGUCUCGCCUAAAACUAUCUGGGUGUUCCAUUUUCCGACGCAUGUUCCAACUCAAAUUCCUUUGAUGAAAUCAGACCACUACAUGAAGAAAUCGUUUAAAGAUGAGGCUCAAGGAGUCUCCGUCCCUCCCUGCUGUCAAACAAAAUCGCAAGAUAAUUCCGAGACGGACUUCAAACCAUUCCCAUCGCUCUCAAAGUAUGUUAAAGACAUCGUACUGGCCCACUCCUAUGGGUGGUCUCGUCCAAAAUCCUUAGACGGAGAUAUAUACAGUGCAGCAUCACCGUUUCAAACGCACAGGAACUGGGAUUAUUAUACCCAGAACACAUGGCCCCAAAUCUUCCCCAGCUGCAGUGGCCGUUCGCAGUCCCCCGUAGACUUACCAUUAACGGGCCUAUUAAAAGCACGAGGUGCAAGACCACUAUUUUUCCAAUACUUCAACGUGCAACCGUCAGCUAUGUUGCUACAGACUGAUGGUCAGAGAGCGGUUCUCUACGGUAUAUGGCCUCGUUAUCGGCGUCCUUUGAUUUACGGCGGUGCAGUUCAUAGUCGCCGAUAUUUAUUUCACUCAAUGACUGUUCACUGGCCGUCAGAACACAGGAUCGGUGGCCAAGUGUAUCCUGUCGAAACGCAAGCUUUGUUUAUAUCGGCUGAGUACAAGACUAUACAAGACGCUCUCGAAGGUUAUCCAAAGGAUGCUCAAGCUAUUUUAGGAAUCUCCAGUUUAUAUAAGUACGGAAACCACACUCAUCAAGGCUUAGCAAAAAUGAUGAACUUUAGCAAUGGUGAACCAUUUAAUACAAACAACUUUACUGCGAAGCCUCUUACUUACUUCAGCCCACCCUUUAGCAGUUAUGUUUGCUACCAGGGUUCAUUGACGGUGCCGCCUUGUACUGAAACGGUAAUAUGGUUCGUUAGAGCCAGGGCCCUGUCUGUUAGGAGGGAAUUCAUUGAUACAAUGGAAGCAAUUGUGAGUUCAGAGCCAAUUCCAAGAAGACGGUUCUCACGUUUUCCCCAACCACUUAAUGAUAGAAAAGUGUUUAUCUUUAAAUAG